AUGAUCCGCCCCAGUCUGUGCAUUCAGGAGGCAAGAGGUGUCUUCACUUCACUUUCAGGAUACAUCCAAGCCUGCCGAGGUUUGCUAAUAGCUGCUGUUAGCCUCGGAUUUUUUGGUUCAAUAUUUGCUCUCAUUGGAAUGAAGUGCACCAAGAUUGGAGGCACCGAUGACAUUAAAGCAAAGAUCACCACUUCCUCUGGCUUGCUAUUUAUCUCUAGUGGUCUUUGUGCUAUGUCUGGAGUGUCCCUUUAUGCACACAAAAUAACCUCAGAAUUCUUCGAUCCAUCAUUCCUGGAGCAAAAGUAUGAGCUAGGAGCUGCGCUGUUCAUCGGAUGGGCGGGAUCAUCUCUUAGCGUCAUCGGAGGUGCUAUUCUCUGCCUCUCUUUAAAUGAUACCAUUAAAAAAGACAGACUAAGUUAUCCAUAUAAUGGAGUAAAGUCUGUAAGAUCUGCCCAUACGAGCCACCAAGAUCAGAACAACAACCGCAAUGGACAGAGAGGAAUUCCAAAACACUUUGACAAGAAUGCCUAUGUCUGAUUGAUACGGCUACAAAUAAGACAUUUCCCUUGUCAGAUGUACAGUAUGUCUUACACUAUCCUAGUUUUUCCCAAAGAGAAAAUUAUUUUUUAUAAGAUGUGAAAUCCCAUAUUGACCUCUUUGUGCAACAAUGGUACAUUAAGCCAUUACCUGACAAGGAGCAGCUCUACAUGAAGAGACAAACAUUCAGAAUGCACAAAAUAUCUAAUAUCCUCACUGCUACACAUCUACUUGUUCUGUAUACGGAAGACUAAGAUUAUUUCAUGAAGAUAUCACAAAGCUGUAAAUGGCACCCAGCAUAUGAAUAAAUCAGUAGAUAGGCAACAAUACGCAACUUUAUUAUGAAGAUAAUAAAUUACAUAUCUUCAUUGUGAAUAAUUAAGACAUACACCAGUCAGCCAUAAUAUUGAGUAUAGCAACAACAACUUUGACUGCUUAUAAAGACAUGGACUUCCUAAGAUCUCUGAAGGUGUCUUGUGGUUUGUAGCAUAAAAACAAGACAAGUCAGCAGCAGACCCUUUAAAGGGGUACUCCCGUGGAUCAACUGGUGCCAGAAAGUUAAAGUUAAACAGAUUUCUAAAUGACUUCUAUUAAAAAAUCGUAAUCCUUCCAGUACUUUUUAAAGGCUGUAUACUAAAGAGAAAUCAAAAAAAGAAAUGCAUUUCCUCUGAUGUCAUGACCACAGUGCUCUCUGCUGACCUCUGCUGUCCAUUUUAGGAACUGUCCAGAGCAUGAGAAAAUGCCUAUAGCAAACAUAUGCUGCUCUGGACAGUUCCUAAAUUUUUCUAUAGAAGUGAUUUACAAAUCUGUUUAACUUCCUGGCACCAGUUGAUUUAAAAAAAAAAAGUUUUCCACGGGAGUACCCCUUUAAAGAGACAGACA